AUGAACAAACCGACUUUCAAGUGGAGUGAAUUCGUUGAGAAGCAAAGGUUACAAUGUCCACAUAUUGAUUUCUUCAAGAAUUAUCAGUUACUCAAGAGCCCCAUCACCACCACCACCAAUGCCAAUGAUGCCACUGAAACGAUCAGUUUGGCUGAAGCAAAGAGAAUCAUCACCAAUAGCCUACCACUUACAAGUAUCGAUCCCGACAACAAUGAAUAUGCCAGUAGUUUGAUGCGGUUUAGCUUGUAUCAGUCGCUUGGAUUUAACCAAAUGGAAAACUUCCCUUCGGAUGUCAUGUUGUCUCUGCUCAUCAACGUCAUCAACGUUAAUUGUCGUGUUCUCACAAGGAAAAGCCGGAUCCUGGAAUUGAUCAACGUUACCGCCGAUAAAGUCCUGAUCUGUAUACUGCAAGUCAAGACAAUUGUAAAGUCACUGCCAUUCAACAACCAAAAGAAGGAGAUCAAAGAGUUUGAAUUAUGCACAAGGUACCUACAACCAUGCUUCCAAAAGAUUUUCGACUCGGAUGACCUGGAUGUUAUGUUUAAGUGA